GCAACUUCCGGUUCCGGUCCUUAUAAUUUGACAGUUCAUUUGCCCUUUGCACCCCUUCUGUGGUCGGUUGCUUUGGGCUCAUGAGUGCGUUCAUUCCGCGUAUCGAGCAGCUGUCUGCCCGCGUCGUUCGGGUUUUGGGUUGCAACCCGGGACCGAUGACGCUGCAGGGCACUAACACGUACCUAGUCGGAACCGGGGACAGACGGGUGCUGAUUGACACGGGGGAACCGUCUGUCCCUGAGUACAUCAGCAGCCUGAAGGAGACGCUUAGCAUGUUCCGUGCCAGCAUUCAGGAGAUUCUGCUCACGCACUGGCACCACGACCACACGGGCGGCGUGGACGACAUCUGCAGGGACAUCACGGGUUCUGGGCUCCGGGUCAGCAAGCUCCCCCGAUCCAGCCAGGACCAGGAGGACUCGGGAAGCCACGAGUACACCUACUUGAAAGACGGAGAUGUGGUCCACACGGAGGGAGCCACGCUCAGGGUGGUUUUCACGCCGGGCCACACCGACGACCACAUGGCCUUGCUGCUGGAGGAGGAUCGGGCUCUGUUUUCCGGUGACUGCAUCCUGGGCGAGGGCACGGCCGUCUUUGAGGACCUCCACGACUACAUGCGCUCGCUGAGGAAGCUCGUGGACGUUGGCGCUGAUCUCAUCUACCCCGGUCACGGCCCCGUGGUUCAAGAUGCCGGCAGCAAAAUCCGACACUACAUCAGCCACCGCGAUCAGAGGGAGCGGCAAAUCCUGGCCACCAUUCGGGCCAGCGCCGGUGCGCCCAUCUCUACCACGGAGUUGGUCAAAACGGUCUACAAGGACACUCCUGAGCAUCUGCAUCAGGCGGCCAACGUCAACCUGGUGCACCACUUGAAGAAAUUGGAGAAAGAAGGGAAAAUAAGUCGAGCUAUUUUUCUCUCAGUGACGACGGAAUCGUCACGGAGCAACACGUGGAAGUGUCAUCUUUGACGGCCGUCCUCGACACAGAAAAACACGUGUGCAUGUGUGUUGGUGUGAAUUCACAAAACUGACGAUAGAAGACAAAUGCGACGUUACCGAGAAUAAUCUGCAGAAGAGAAAAGAGCACCAACGUGUUCAAGGGCAAAAUGACGCGUGUCACAUUUAUUAAUUUCACAUUUGCGAAUUCUAUGUCUAUAUGUGUAAUUUUGAGUUAAUUGUCAAAAGAAUCUCAUUUAAAAAUGUCACAUUUGCAGUUUGGAAAGGUUGCACAGUUUGUACAUAUCAGCAUAGACUCCUAUAUCCUAUAUAUAUAUAUAUAUAUAUAUCUCCUUUAUUUUCUAUGCUCUGACUGCUCUUUAUUAGUGUGAAGGUGAAGUGUGACCAAAGGAAGCAGCGCUCAAAUUUCAAUGUACUGUGUAUAAAGACAAUAAAGGCGAUUCUGAUUCUGA